AUGUUCAUGAAGACCUUUGAUGACCGUCUCGGUACUGCGCCUCCCGCGCAGCCAGGAUCUGAGGUCGGUCGGGUUCUCGAUCUCGGCACAGGUACUGGCAUUUGGGCUAUGGACUUUGGCGAUGAACACCCUGAGGCGGAGGUCCUUGGUGUGGAUCUCUCGGCCACGCUGCCAGAAUUCACACCUCCGAACGUCAAGUUCGAAAUCGACGACGUAGAGGAAUCAUGGACCUAUUCAGAGCCUUUCGAUUACAUUCACAGCCGGAUGAUGAAUUCAUCGAUCAGUGACUGGAGAGAUUACAUCAAGAAGUGCUAUGACAAUCUAUACCCGGGCGGUUAUUUGGAGUUGAGCGAGAUUGAUAUCGUUCUUCUUUCCGAUGACGGGACCCUCAAGCCAGACCACUACAGCUGGAAGAUUGGGAGACUCCUGAAAGAAGCCACCGAAAAGGCUGGGCGCCGAUACCAGGAGAUCCAGAAGUUGAAGCCGGUUCUUAUGGAACUUGGUUUUGAAGACGUCACAAUGCCGCAAUUCAAGUGGCCGGUGAACUCGUGGCCUAAGGAACAGAAGUACAAGGAUUUGGGAGAAUGGAACAACGAAAAUCUGAUGCUCGGGUGGGAGGGGAUUUGCAUGGCCCCGUUGACGAGGGCACUUGGGUGGACAAAAGAAGAGGUUCACAUCUUCAUGAUGCAUAACCGGAAGGAGUUCAACGAUAAGAGCAUCCACCAGUACUUCUCCAUGUAA